GGUCCGCGGGAGGUGCUCUUCGGCAGACAAAUGAUUGACAGCCCCUUGGUGACAUCACUGUACGACAAAAGGAGUCGCCGGAGGAAGAGCAGGCACCAAUCAAUUGAACCACUACGGUGUGGCGCACAGAGGAGAGGCGACGCGCUCUCCAACUCGCAGCAACAACGUCCGAAGGAGCGACACUCGAGUGCGCUUAUCUGUCCCUCUCUCAGGAGAAAAGAACCAAGAAAGCCAGCGUCGCUCAGCUUUUUUGACAUUUCUCUUUUUUAAGAUGUUCAAUCAAGAUUGUUUAGAUCGGUUAUGCCUGCGCGAAACCGCUUCCUCAUAGACUUAACAUAGUUUUUUUUCCUUUCCUCCCUCCUCUUCGUACUGACCAAGACCUAACCCGAUUUUUGCAGCUGGUGAGAAUAUGUGCGAGAGGCGAUCGGAGAAGGGCAUGGGCUGUAUUUGGUCCCCCAAAGAGAAGCAACGUGGAUUAAACUCAAAUUAAUGUGGAAUUUAUCGGAGCCCAAAGGUGGAACGACGACCGGACACAGCGCUUCCUCGUCAGGGACUGACUGAUCAUGGUCGCCGUGGUCCGCUCUCUCAUGGUACUGCUGCUCGCUCAGGUGUUGCUGGAAGGUGCUACGGGACUAAUCCCCGAGGUCGGCCGGAGAAAAUACAGCGAGUCCGGGAAGCAGACCCCGGAGCAGUCGGACAGCUUCCUCAACGAGUUCGAGCUUCGGCUACUCAAUAUGUUUGGACUGGGGCGCAGGCCGACCCCGAGCAAGGAAGCCGUGGUGCCGCAGUACAUGGUGGACCUUUACCGCAUGCACUCAGCGAACGGAGACCACAGCACUAAGCGACCCAAGAGCAUGGGGAAGCACGCAGAGAGAGCCGCCAGCAAGGCCAACACGAUUAGAAGCUUUCACCAUGAAGAGUCUAUGGAAGCCCUGGCUGCCCUCAAAGGCAAAACAACCCAACAGUUCUACUUCAACCUCACUUCCAUCCCCAAUGAGGAGCUCAUCACCUCUGCAGAGCUACGCAUUUACAGGGACCAGGUCAUGGGAGCUGCAGCCCCCAGCAACAGCAGCAGCAGCAGCAGCACUGGUGCCGGUGCUCCCGCCGGUGGCUUGCACCGCAUCAACAUUUACGAGAUAUUCGGAGUUCCUGCCGGUCACAGCGGCGCGGAGCCUCUGGUACGUCUGCUGGACACUCGGCUGGUGCAGGACUCUUUGAGCCGCUGGGAAAGCUUUGACGUCAGUCCUGCUGUAUCUCAGUGGAGCUCUGGGAAGAGCCACAAUCACGGCUUUAUGGUGGAGGUGCUUCACCCAAAGGAGGGCGAGAAGGACGGCGAGCGUGCCCAGAGGCGCAGCAGGCAUGUCAGGGUGAGCCGGUCCCUGCACCAGGACCAGGACUCGUGGGCUCAGGCUCGGCCCCUGCUGGUGACGUACGGCCACGACGGCCGCGGGGACUCGGUGCUCCAUACACGGGAAAAAAGGCAGGCGACACUCCGCAAACAGCGCAGGAAGCACCAGCACAAGGCGAGCUGCAAGAGGCACGCUUUGUAUGUGGACUUCAGCGACGUGGGGUGGAAUGAGUGGAUAGUGGCACCCCCUGGCUACCAUGCCUUUUAUUGCCAUGGGGAAUGUCCCUUCCCCCUAGCAGACCACCUCAAUUCUACCAAUCAUGCCAUCGUGCAGACGCUUGUCAACUCAGUCAACUCAAACAUCCCCAGAGCCUGUUGCGUGCCCACUGAACUCAGCCCCAUUUCCCUGCUCUACCUGGAUGAGUACGAGAAAGUCAUCCUGAAAAACUACCAGGACAUGGUGGUGGAGGGAUGCGGCUGCCGGUGAGAAUCCGGCACUACAGACGUUAAAGCAGAGCGGGCAAGAGAGACUGAAAGAGAUCAGAGGUUAUUAUGGACACCCGGGUUCCCAAUGAAGACGUUUAUUUAUAUGAAAGAGACGAAAAGAAAAGAAAAAAAAACACAAAAAAAAAACAGAGCUAUUGUGGAAGAAGAAAAAAACUAUAUAUGAAUAUAUUUAUGUCUACGUAAAGUUGGGAAAAAUAAAUAUUUUAAUCAAAGGAAUAUUCCUUUACUGGUUUUGAAAAUGUAUUUCUGAUGUACAUUUUGAAAUGGGUGCAAUACCACAUGAAGUAUAAUGCUCAGAUUUUUAUUUUGUAUUUAUUUCUAUUAUAACCACUUUAUGUGUAAAUAAAUAAUGUGUAUUUAUCGUGAAAAAAAAUAACACGUGGUCACUUCCAGUUUUCGGAUCGGCUACGACUGAAGCGUCGGAAGGGAUCGGGGUGGUGGCGGGGGGCGGGUGUGACAUGUGUGGCUGAACAAGAGCUUCAAAUCCUGACAGAAAUUACCUGCAAAAAUAUAACACAAGAAGCUCACCCCGAAUCACACUGAUUGCAAACCAAGCACUGAACUAUUUUGGUAAAUGUAACUGGAGACCAACGACAAUAGAAGUUUAGAGGGCGAAGUGACAGGACUGGGUCAGUGGUGUAAUGAACUGUAUUACGAUGUAAGGUCACAGGACAAUUUACAUGCCCACGAAUGUGAUAGACUCCCGUGGGAGGACUACAAAAACAGCAGAGCGUGUUUUUAUGCAUUACAUGUCACUGCAAAGAUCCCUGGGAAGGCUCUUCCAAAAGCUAACUCCCGUGUUUAUCCUGCUCCUGACCAAUAUUAUCAUAUGGAGGGAAAAAAAAAAAAAAAGUGAAACUGCGGCGCUCCUGUGGCAGGUCUGACAGGGCGCGGGGUUUAUUUAUGGUGAGAUUUGAGAAGGAAAGAUUGCAAACCGUGGCAGACAGACACACCAACAGGUCCUCGGGAAGAAAAAAAAACAAAAAAAAAAAACAAAAAAGUUUUACUGGCACUUUAAUUAAUACAGGUAAACAAAUACACACCUGCACCUGCCCGUGUACUGCCCAUGGUCGAGACAGAUUCGUCCCACUUCAGAGUUUGGCUGCCUUUCUUUGACAUCUCUGUGUCGCUAAUGUGUUCUGGCACUAAAAAGAAAAAAAAAAAAAAAAAAAAAAAACAGGAAU